AAAUUCUGUCAUUUAGUGAAAACAAGAGCAGAGCAAAUUGGUUGCAAGAGCAAUAAAUACUAGAGGAACAUAAUAAUUAGUUAGUUUAACAUAUUUAAAUACAUAUACUUAAGCAUUUAGAGGCACUUGGCACAAUUGCAAACGAGCUUUAAUUAUGGGUGGGGUGCUCAGCUAUUUUCGUGGUCUGCUCGGCUCCAGGGAGAUGCGCAUCUUGAUAUUGGGGCUUGAUGGCGCUGGCAAAACAACGAUUCUAUACAGGCUGCAGGUGGGCGAGGUGGUCACGACGAUACCCACAAUUGGCUUCAACGUGGAGCAGGUCACAUACAAGAACUUGAAGUUUCAAGUCUGGGAUCUGGGUGGCCAGACCAGUAUUAGACCAUAUUGGCGCUGUUAUUAUAGCAACACAGAUGCCAUCAUUUAUGUGGUAGACUCGGCAGAUCGGGAUCGAAUUGGCAUCUCCAAAGACGAGCUCUUGUAUAUGCUGCGCGAAGAGGAGCUGGCGGGCGCGAUACUUGUCGUCUUAGCCAACAAACAGGACAUGGACGGCUGUAUGACCGUUGCCGAAGUGCAUCACGCGUUAGGUUUGGAGAAUCUAAAGAAUCGCACAUUUCAAAUAUUCAAAACAUCGGCCACCAAAGGUGAGGGGCUCGAUCAGGCCAUGGACUGGCUUUCGAAUACGCUGCAAAGCCGAAAAUAGUCACAGUCAUGCCCCCAAUACCAAACUUCGCCUGCCGCCCCUUGUAAAAUUUGUCCAAAGUGAAAAAGGAAAGUUCUUAAAACGAAAAAAAACGCUUAUGCGCAACAUAAAAAAGAUCCAAACACACACACAACUUUGUAAUAACUUCUAGUAAUAUAUAUAUUAUUAUAUUAAA